CCAUGGGUGGAGCGCGAGCUGGAGAAGCGCAUGGGGCAGCUGCUGCCGCUGGUGGAGGAGUCUUUCUCCGUUGCUUCCUCCCUUGCUAAGCAAUUCGUGCAGGACCCAGCAGUGGAUGCUCUGGUGGACGAUGACGAUACAGCCUACGCUGUUGAAGAGCUUGUGGCGGAUCUCGCUUCUAAAGGCUUCCAGGCAUCCCAGGUGCAGCGGAUCUGGACGAUGCGCUGCAACAGUUUGGGUCGCCUGAGUGCUGCUGCGUGCCCCAUCUCGUGCCGCAUCCCAGGGGCGGCGGAUCUGGACGAUGCGCUGCAGCAGUUUGGGUGCGAGCAGAUCGCGGAGAGUGUGGUGGCUUACUUCGAUGUGCUCAUGGCGGCCGUGGAUGGGCACCUCGAGAAAGAGGGCGAGGCGAGUGAGGGAGCGAGUGAGGGAGCGAGUGAGAGAGGGAGUGAGAGGGGAAGCGGGAGCGAUGGGAGUUUCAGGAGGGGAAGGAGGGGCGCGGGAAGAGGUGGUGGGGGGAGCGAGAGCGGGAGUGGGAGUGGGAGUGGGAGUGGGAGUGGGUGUGGGAGUGGGAGUGAGGAAGGGAGUGUGAUUGAGGGUCGCGAGGAGGAGGAGGAUUAUGAUGGGAGAGGGGGGAUGAGGGGGGGAGGAGGGAUUGGGAUGGAUGGGAAUAGGCAUGAGAGAGGGAGCAGUAGAGGGAGUGAAUCGUGGGACGAGGAAGGGGAGGAAGGGGAUAGUUACGGGGAGAGUGAGGAGGAGGACGAGAGGGGAGGAGGAAGGGGAGGAGCUGGAGGAGUAGGAGGAGGAGUAGGAGGAGCAGAGGGAAGAGGAGUAAAAGGAGGAGGUGGGAGGAUGGGAAUGGAUAUUGAUGAUAUGGAUGAGGAGGGGAGGCUUGAUGAAGAGGAGGGUGAUAUGGACGCAGAGGAGGAGGGAUACGGCCGAGAGGAAGGCGGAGUGGGGAGGAUGUGGGGGGAGGAGGAUCGAGGGCUAGAGGUAGUAGAGGAGGAGGAUGAGGAUGAGUUUUUGGAGGAAGAGAGAGAGGGGGAUGGUAGGGGUAUGGGGAGGUUGCUGGGCGCUGGAAGAGUGAGUUUUAAAGAGGGAGGAGGGAAGGUGGUGUAUGGAGGGGAGGAGGAAGGUGGGAGUGAGGUGGAGAGUGGGAGUGAGAUGGGGAGUGGGAGUGAGAGGGGUGAUAACAGGGGGGAUAUGAGAGGGCGGGAUGGGAGAGGCGGAAGGAUGGGGGAGGGUUCGGAAGGGGAGGGGGAAGAGGACGAUAUGUCGAUGAGUGGAGGGGAGGAGAAGCAGGUAGGUGUAGGAAGGGAGGGGAGGGAGGGGUCUGGUGAUUGGACUGAGGAUGAGGAGAUGAGGGAGGGGGAGGAAGGAUUGAGUGGGAGUGAUGUUGAGGGGGGAGUGGGAGGAGGGCGGGUGGUGGGUGGGGGGAUGAACGUUGGGGAGAGGCAAGGGAGAGGAAUGGGUGAGUUAGGAGGAGAAAGGGGAGACUCGGAUCAAGGCUCGUUCGAUGAUGAUGAUGAUGACGAUAUUCCCUUGGCCGAACCUGGAAGGGAGUAUCAUUCAGGGUCGGAAGAGGAGGGGGAAGGGGAGGAGGAUGAGGAGGGGGGGCGGGGUGAUAGUGGCAGUGUGAUUAUACACGAUGGUAUGAGCGCCACUGGCUCGGCCCGAGGCUCCUUCCGAGGGUCGCUCGCUGACUCGGGGUCUUUCCGAGGCUCCGUUGGAGGUUCGGCACGAAGCGGGGUUGGCUUGUACCAGGGUCCAGGCAUGGGAUUUCCGGAGCAGGAGGAAGGGAUAUUCGACGACGAUGAUGAUGACGAUGACGAUGACGAGGAUAUUCCGCUUGCUGAAGCUGGAGGUUCGGGAGAUUAUGGGUCAGGUUCGGACAGCGAUGUGGUGCCGAUUGCGCAGCCGGGAAGAGCACCGGACCUGGAUGGGGAAGGCUUGGGGGAUUCCCAAGGAGAAGAAGAUUCGUUCGGGGAGGGGGAUUCCCAAGGGAUGAAUUCUCAAGAUGGGGGCUCUCAAGGGGGUGAAUUUCAAGAGGGGGAUUCGCAAGGGGAGAGUGAUUCUCAGGAUGACGCUGGGAUGCCAGAAGAGGCUGGUUCUGUUACCCCUGACAGUCUAUCAGGGUCUGGUGAAGAGAUUGAGGAGGAUGAUGAUGAUGAUGAGGAUGACGAUGAUGAUGACGAUGAUGAUAUUCCUAUUGCCAUGGUGAACCUGUCGAGUCAAAGCAACAACAGCAGUUUCGGUAACUUGGGGGGCAGCGGCGGUGCUGGUGGUGGUGGUGCGGGUGGCAGUGGUAAGCACGACCUGCCGCACAUCCCAGCAGCAAUCAAGGCUUUAAGAUCGCAGCAUUUCGACGUUCCCCACAAACCGCUUACCGGGUCCGGGGGGCUGGGCAGUCCGAGAGUUGCCGCCCUCAGCCGCCCGGGCGCGGCUGGUUUCGUCCGUCCGAUGCCGCCCGCCGCCGGCCGCGUCAACUCCUUCUCCGUAUUUUCCGAGCCGCCCCAGAAGCUGCCGACCAACCGGGUGAACUCGUUCUCUGGACACCGUUUGCAGGGGGACGGCGUGCCUCUAACCCCGACCCCCCCACCUCACCCGCACCCUCCCAUGUCAGAACGAGACCGGCUACUAGCCGCAAGAGUUAACUCCUUUCAGAUGCGAGCGGUUAGCAGCAGCCCCAGGGCAGCAGCAACAGCGAAUAGAGUCAACUCCUUCUCGCAUCCGGCUAGUGGGCUGGCUUCCCCCCAUGCUAUGGCAGCAGGGCGGGUAAAUUCGUUUAAUGUGGACAACCGACCAGGGACUGGGGGCGGUGCAGGCGGGAUUCCGUCCUCUCCUCUCGCCAAUCGUGUGAAUUCGUUUAAUGUGGACGCGAGGGGCGGGAGUGGGAGUGGGUUUGCUGCCUCGCCGCUUGCUAAUCGGGAUUCGUUUGGAGAAGGGGAAAUGGGAGAUGAGGAAGAGGAGGAUGAGGAGGAGGAGAAGGAAGGGAGAGGAAUGGGGAAGGGUUAUAGGGAUGGGGACAAGGGGAGUGGUGGAAGUAGCAGGAGCGGCAGUGAGAGGAGUGAAGAGGAGGAGAAUGAUGCUUCAUCAGCAGCAACUGAGGAAGGGGAGGGGAGCAGUGAGGGGGAGGAGAUGAGUGAGGAAGGGGAGAGAGAUGGGGAGGAGGACGGGAUGGGGAGAGGAAGAGGGAGGUUUGGAAAAGGAGGGGAAGAGAGUGGGAGUGAGAGUGAAGGGGAGAAUCAAAGUGAGGGCCAGAGCAGGAGUGGGAGCGAGAGGGAGAGUGGAAGUGACAGGUCUGAAUCGGACGAGGAUUACGGGGAAGAAAGGUCCGAUUCUGCUUCUGCUGGUGCUGAUUCUGUCGGUGGAGCAGGAGUAGGGGCAGGAGGAGUAGGGAGGGGGCGCGGGCGGGGGACAGGAAGAGGCGUGACAGGGCGUGCGUUCAUACACACAGACAGUGACCCGGGCCUAGACCGGGUUCCUGGCGGAUCCAUGGAAAUAGACGAUGCUAUGGCCCAGUACGGCCGCGCGCCGACCCUCCCCAUAAUGAGACAAGCCAAUGCCAGCCCAACGAAGCAUGCGCCGCUGCCCCUGCCGGUUGCUCCGUCCCCUAGUGGCAGUGUGGGCGGUGCCAGGGGCGGGUCUAGCUUCCUCAGAUCUACCUCCACCGGUUCUGCCUCCCCUGGGUCUGCUGCUCCGUCUCCUGCUGCCUCUCCUGCUGCACUUGCAGGCGCAGCAGCAGCAGUGGGGGCUGUGGGGGCAGUGGCGGGAGUGUCAAUGUCUCCUAGGCCGUUUCCACCUACGAGGGAUAGAAGGAGCGAGUCCGGAGGGGGAAGCGGUGGAGCAGGGUUGGGAACGGUGGUGGAGGAAGGGGCUGAAAGGGGAGUGGAAAUGUGGACGGGUGAGGACGGGGCAGGAGCAGCAGGGGCAGGGGCAGGGGCAGGGACAGGGGCAGGGGGAGGGGGGGGUGUGGGAGUGGGAGAGGAGGGGCCAAAGCGAGUGAGUGUGGGGGUAGGAGAGGAGGUGUUGGUUCCCCUUGUGCCUACACCCCCAGGAGGAGCAAAGAAGAGCCCGUGGGGGAGCUUCGGACGAAGGAGCUUCAAGAGGGUUAGCAGCAGGCAGGAGGCGGAUACAGAGGCAGAGGAAGAUGGGGGGGGAGGAGGGGGGACGGUGAAGGGAGGGGGUAUGGGUGUGGCUGGAGCGGGAGUGGUAACUGGCAUGGGUGCUGUUGCUGCGGCUGCUGUUGCUGCUGUGGGAGCCUCCGGGUUUGAGGAGAAGGAAAAGGAUGAGGGGAUUGAGGGAAGAGAGCUGGGAGGAGGAGAGGGGGGAGGAGAGAUGGGAGGCAGGGAUGUAAUGGCAGCUUCAGCUGUGGUUGACGAUUUGAGUGAUAGUGAUGAGGAGAGAAGGGAAAGGAUGGAGGAAGAUGAGGAGCAUGGGGAUGAGAGGAGUGUGAGUGGAGGGGAGAGCGAGGGGUCGGGAGUGGGCGGCAAGAGGAAGCUGGGAGAAAGAUUUGGGCGACCGCCCGGAUCUCCCGGGCAGUUUGGGCCAGGUGAAUUGGACGAGGAGGUUGGUGCAUCCCCGUCUCGCCGGACCAAGCUGCAGGAUGGAUCGGCAGCCGAUCAGUGGCAGCUUCGGAAGCAUGGCCAGGUUGGGGAUGCAGGUCUGGUUACAGGCUCUGCAGCAGGCUCGGCAGCUGGUCUGGUGGAAGCAGCACCUUUGCAGAGCUUCGGAAGCGUUGACAUGACUAUGGGAGAGGCUGGGAGAGACGAGGAGAGAGUGAAGGGGGAAAGGGAAAGGGAGGAGGAGGGUGUUGGAGAGGAGGAAGGGGACACUGGUUCGGAAGGUUCAGGUCCGGAAGAAGGUGAAAAGGGUGAAGAGAGAGGGGAGGUUGGGGAGGGAGAAGAGGGAGGGCUGGAAGUUUCUGGUAUAGAUCGGGAGAAAGUUGGGGGAGAGGAUGAGAGGGAGGAAGGGAGUGUGAGAGGGAGUGAGGAGGGAAGUGAGCGAGGAAGUGAGGGAGGGAGUGAGAUGCACAGUGAAUCCGAACAAGAGUCUGACCACAGGUCAGAAGGCUCAGCAGGAGGCCCAAAUCAUCACAGGCAAGGCUCGGGCGACUGGACUGGUUCGGAACGAGGCUCAGAGCGAGGCUUGGGACACUGGUCAGGUUCGGAUUAUAAUGAAGAGUAUGAUGAGGAGGGUAGGCCGAUAAGCCGAGAUGGUAGGAGGCCGAUAAGCAGAGAUGGGAGACCUGAUAGCCGGGAUGGGAGGCCUGACGAAUAUGAUGAGGAGGGAAGACCGAUAAGUAGGGAUGGGAGGCCUGAUAGCAGUUAUGGGAGGGAUGGGGAUUAUGAUGAGGAGGGAAGACCGAUAAGCAGGGAUGGGAGGCCUGAUAGUCGGGAUGGGAGGUGGAAAAGGGGAGAGGAGAGGUGGGUGGGGGAGGAGGGGUACAGUGGUAGCGAGGAUGGGAGUGAACAGAGGAGUGAGAGGGGCGAGGAGGAGGGGAGUGAGAGGGGGAGUGGUGAGGAAGGAGGCGGGAUGAGUGGGGAGGAGGGGGAGAUAGAGGAAAGGGCGGACCAGGAGUGGAAGGAAUGGGCUGCAAAAAGAGAAUCAGAUGAGGAGAGGGGUUCAGACGAAGAGCGGGGCUCAGAUGAGGAGAGGGGUUCAGCUGAGGAGAGGGGAUCUGCGAGUGAAAGGGGGUCGGAAGACGAAAAGGACGAUGAGGAUGCAGGGGAAGCAGAGGAGGCUAGAGGUUUCGAGGAGGAAGGGGACAGGGAAGGCGAGGAUGGGGAGGAAGGCGACGAGAGGAAGCGGAGCGAGGAGAGCAAGAGGAUUGGGUUGAUGGGAGGCUUGGCGGGCCGAUUGGGUUCAGGUCUGGUGGGGAGAAGAGGGUCAGGACUGGUGGUGGAUGUGGGUAGGCCGAACGAUGAGGAGGAUGAGGAUGAGGAGGGAGAUGGUGAGCACAGCGACGAUCAUAGUGAGCAGCGGGAGCAUGAGGAGUGGUCAGGUUCGGACAGAGGCUCGGCGGAAGGUUCGGAGGGUCGCAGGCUUGGCAGUGACCGUGGUUCGGCGGGUGUUUUGACUCCAGAGCUUACACCCCAAGGAAGCUGGAGGGGUGAUGACGUCACUCCCCUGGGCAGUUUCAGGGGUGAUGAUACGUUAACUCCUCUGGGCAGCUGGGGGGGCGAAGGGGAACUUACCCCGGUUUGGAGGGGUAAAGGGGAAAUUACCCCUCAAGGAAGCGGGGACUGGGGAGACGAGGCAGAGAGGGAGAGGGAGAGGGAGGAAGAGGGGGAGGGGGUUUUGACACCUGUGUUAACCCCCCAGGGCAGUUGGAGGGGGGACAUGUCAGGGAGCGAGAGAGGGGAAGGGUCUGAAGGGGAAGGGUCUGUUAUUGAGUUGACUCAGAGGGAGGGGGUUUUGACUCCUGAGUUGUCGCCACAGGGAAGCUGGAAGGACGAGGGGGAGAGAGAGGGGGUUUUGACACCUGAGUUCUCGCCACAGGGAAGCUGGAAGGACGAGGGGGAGAGAGAGGGGGUUUUGACACCUGAGUUGUCGCCACAGGGAAGCUGGAAGGACGAGGGGGAGAGAGAGGGGGUUUUGACACCUGAGUUGUCGCCACAGGGAAGCUGGAAAGACGAGGGGGAAAGGGAGGGAAUUUUGACACCUGAGUUAUCGCCGCAGGGAAGUUGGAGGGGGGAGUUUUCAGGGAGUGGGAGGAGAGAAGGGUGGGACGGGUUGGAGGGAGAGGGGGAGGGCAGAUACGAGGAUGAGAGGGGGAGUGAGGAGGGAAGUGAGAGAGGGAGUGUGGUGUCUAGGGGUGGAGAAGAAGAGGAGAGGGAGAGGCAGUGGGAGAGUCUGAGGGAUGGGGAAGAAGAGGAGGGGAGUGUGAGAGGAGAGGACAAGGAGAUGGAGAGAGGGGAGAGUGAGGGGGAGCGUGACGGAGACAGUGAGGAGGAGGAGAGGGAGAGACAAUGGGCCAAGAUGCAUGCUGGGAGUGAGGAGGGGAGUGAGGAUGGGAGGGAGGAGGGGAGUGCGAGGGGGAGUGAGGAGGAAAUUGAGAGUGGGAGUGAGGGUGAGAUGGAGGAGGGAAUGGAAUUGGAGGGAAGUAUGGGUGAAGGGAUGAAGGGGAUCGGACAAUUGGACGAGGGAAGUGAUGAUGAUGAUGAUGAUGAUGAUGACGAUGAUGCGGUGGUUGCAGUGGCAGCAGCAGUACCACCACCACUAGAAGAAGGGGAUUCGGAUAGGGACGAACACCAAGGCUCGGAAAGUGGCUUGAGGGGCGGCUCAGAAGCAGGUUCGGAAAAAGAAAGAGGUUUGGAAGAUGAGGGGAGGAUGGAGAGCGACGAGGAAGCGGAGGAAGUGGGAGGUGUGGGAGGCGGGGGAGUGAAAGGAGAAGGGUUUGGGGGAGAGCAGGAGGAGGAACUAUAUGAGCAAGAGGAACGUUUGAGUGAGGACGAGUUGAGGGAAGAGGCAAUGGGGGACGAGGAUGGGGACGGGCCAAGGGAGCAAAAGGACAGUGUUGAUGUUGGUGCUGGGGGUAUGAGCGAGAGCGAUGGGAGUGAUAGCGAUGACGAUGUUGCUGUUGCUGUGGCCGCCCCCUCUGCUGUGGCCGCCGUUUCUGCUGGCCUUGUUGGGGUGGGGUUGGCAGUGGGAGCUUCUCUAGGAGAGGGUGGAGAGGGAGUGUAUCCUGUGCAAGGCGAUGCGUCAGUUGCUCUUAUCGAGUCUGCUUUUGACGAGAAUGGGCUUGAGAAGCAGGAGAGGGAGGAGCAGGAGGAGAGGGAGGAAGAGAAGGAGGGACAGGAGGAGAGGGAGGAGCAGGAGGAGGAAAGGGAAGAUAGGGAGCUUCAGGAGAGAGAGUGGAGGGAGGGACGUGAGGAGGAGGAGGAGGAGGCUGGUGGGGAGGAGGCCAGUAGUGAGCGGGAUGGGGAGGAGGAUGAGGAGGAGGAGAGGGGAGUAGAUGCACUGGGCGGUGGUUUUAUGAUGGGGGGAAGUGAGGGAGGGGAGAGUGAGAGGGAAGUGAGUAAGGGAGAAGAGGUUGAGCGGGAGGUGAGAGAAGGGGAAGAGGAUAAGGGAGAGGGGAGUGACAGGGAGGGGUGUGAGAGGGAGGGGAGUGACAGGGAGGGGGGGAGUGAGAGGGAGGAGAGUGAGGAGGAAGAUAGUGAUGGGGAGGUGAGGAGGGAGAGGCGACACAGGUACCAUCAGAACCAGAUGGUGGCAGAUGAGGAGGAGGAAGAGGACGAGGAGCACAGAGGAGGGGAUUAUAAGGAGGAGCGUUAUAAAGAGUACGAGGAGGAUAGGAAGGAGUAUGGGGAUAAUGAGGAGGAGGACGUGGAGGGCAAGAUCAAUGAUGAUGAUAAGCGAAGUGACUUAUCGGGGGAGAGUGGAGAAGGGUUGUUUGAGAAUGGGGCUAGGGGUGGAGGGGAGAGUGAGGGGGAAGGAGAGGGGGAGGAGAGUAGAAGGGAGGAGAGUGAGGAUGAUGAGAUGGAUGUUGGUGAAGAGAGUGAGAAACAAGGCGGUGGAGGGAUGGAGAGCGAGGAGGAGGAGGAGGAGGAGAUGAACGAGAGAGAGGAGAGGGAUUAUGGGGAGGAGAGGGAUUAUAUGGAGGAGGGUCAAGAGAGGGAAACUCUUAAGAGUGAGGAGAGUGAGGGAGAAGGGGAGGAACGGAGUGUGGCAAAAGAAGGGGAGGAGGUGGAAGAGGAGGAAGAAGAGGAGGAGGUGGAGGAGAAAGAAAGGGGCAGGGCGACAGACAGUGAUGAAGAGAAGGACGAGGAGGAGGUUGCGACUGGACAGUCUGAUCUGGGGGAGGUGUUAUCUGUGAAAGGGGAGGAGGGUGCGGCGGAAUCAGGCAUUGACAAUGAAGGGGAGGUGGUAUCUGCGAAGGAAGAUGAGGAGGAUUUGGAGGAUGACUUGGCUGAUGGUAGGAUUUCGGAACGGGUGUCAGAGGCAGGUGGUUCUGAGGAAGGUAGAUCUGAGGAUGGGGAAGGGAGGUCUGAGGACUGGGAAGGUAGAUCUGAGGAUGAGGAAAAUAAAUCUGAAGAUGGGGAAGGUAGAUCUGAAGAUGGGGAGGGUAGGUUUGAUGAGGAAGGAGAAAAAGCUUGGCAGGGAGAAGGAGAGAGAGUCCUUGGAGAAGAGGAGAGGCUAGAAGGAGAGGAGGAGAGAGUGAGGGAGGAAGGAGAGAGUGGGGAGGAGAUGGAGGAUAUCGAUAGUGAGGGAGGGGAGGAGAGCAGUGAGGGUGAGUGGGAAGGGAGAGGGGAAGAGUGGGAGGAGGACGAGGAAAGAGAGGCGUUAGCAGCGGUUUCAGCAGCUUCGGCAGCAGCAGCUUCGGCAGCAGGUUUGGCAGCAGCGGCGGCUGCUGCUAAGGCAGCAGCAGGAAGGCGUGAGGAUGGUGAUGAGAGGGAGGAGGAGGAGGAGGAGGAAAGGGAGGGAGAAGUGGGGGAGGAAGUGGGUGGCAGUGCGGCAGAAUGGGCUCUCUCUGAAGGGGAGGAGGAGGAGAAAGAGGAGGGUGAGGAGGAUGAGGAGGAGAUAGAGAUGGAGGAGCGAGAGAGGGUGGAUACGGAGAGUGAAGGGGAGAGUGUAAAUAAUGAAGUGGAAGAACAAGAGGAAGAAUUGGAGGAAGGAGGAGGAGGGGAAGGGGAUGAGGUUGUUUUCCCUGUGACCCAGGGGAAAGAGAUGAGUGAUUCAGAAGCAGAGGAAGCAGAGGGAGCAAAGGGAGCGGAAGGAGCAGAGGGAGCAGGGGAGGCAGAGGGAGCAGGGGAAGCAGAGGGAGCAGGGGAAGCAGAUAUAGAAGCUGAUUCCCCUGGAGCCAUCGCUCUCACUGCUCGCUCCCCCCGCAGUGCCAGCUGGAGCCCCCACUCCCCCCAAGAGGCUGCUCCCCCCCACAGUCCCCCCUCGCCCCAUCUAGGCACUGGAAGCUUAGGCUCCGCUGCUGCUGGUGCUGCUGCUGCCGCUGCCGCCGCCGCCGCCGCCGCCGCCGCCGCUGAUGGUACUGUUGGUGCUGGUGCUGGUGCUGGUGCUGGUGCUGAUGGUGGUGCUGGCAUUGCUGCUGCUGGUGCUGAUCCGUCUGGUUUCACCUUUGCCCCGCAUAGGCCAUCUCCCCAAGUCUCACUCACCCUACCCACCCACGCCCACCAUCCUCCCCUCACCCUUUCCCCCCACGCCCCCCUCGCGCUCUCCCCCAGAGCGUCUCUGGCGCUCUCCCCGCGCCACCCCCCGUCCCCCCCGCCUCAGCGCCCCUCCCUGCUCUCCCCCAUUUCCCCCCGGGCUCGCCUGGCCACGUAUCGUGUGGCUGGGGAGGGGUUUGGGUUCGGUGUGGGGUGGAACGGGGAGGGCGGAGAGGAGGGGAGGAGAGCCGGAUGGGCUGCUGGUGAGAAGGUGGAGGAGGAGGGUGAGGAGGGAGAGGAGAGGGAGGAGAGGGGCGAGAGGGUGGGUGAUGAUGAGGAGGUGAGGGAGAAGGUGAGGGAGGAGGAGGAGAGGGAGGAGAGAGAGGAUGGGAUGGAGAGGGACGAGGUGAGUGAGGAGGACGAGGAGGGGGAGGAGGAAGGAGAAGAGGUGAGGGAAGGGAAAGGAGUAGAAGGAGAGGUGGAAGGGGGGGAAUGGAUUGGAGAUGGAAGGUCGGAUGAGGGGAUGGAAACGGCGGUGGAGAGGGAGAGAGAGAUGAAGGAGAGUGAAAGACGAGAGAGUGAGAAGGGGGGGAGUGAAGGAGGGGAGAGUGAGAGAGGGGAGAAUGAGAGGGGGGAGAGUGAGAGGGGGGAGAGUGAGAGAGGCGAGGAAGAUCUGGGAGAGAGUGAUAUAGAGGAGGAUGGGGAGGAAGGGGAGGAUGGGGAGGAAGGGGAGGAUGGGGAGGAAGGGGCGGAAGGGGAGGAAGGGAGGGCGGAGGAGCGUGAAUCAGGUGACGAGGCGAGAUCAGACGCGGGGUCAGCACUUGAAUCAACGUUUACUGCUGCCACUGCCGCCGUUGCCGUGGCUGCUACUGCUGCCGUUGCAGGCACUGCUGCCUCUGCGGCUCCUGUCUUUGAAGAUGCUGGUUCUGAGAGAGAUGACAGGGAGGAGGAGCAUGAGGAGGAGGCAGAGGCGAGAUCAGAGGAAGGGUCAGAGGUAGCACUAGAUUCGACUGCGGCAGCUGCCACUGCUGAUUCUGUGUUGGAUGAUGCUGGUUCUGAAAGAGAUGAAAGGGAGGAGGAGGAUGAAGAGGAGGAUGAGUACAGAGAGAAAGAGGGGUAUGGAGAGAGGAAGGAGGGUGAAAGCGAGGGAGAAGUGGGAGAGGAGGAAGAGGAAGAGAGAGCAGAGGAGGAAGAGGAGGCGAGAGCGGAGGAGGAGGAAGAUGAGGAGGAGGACGGUCGAUCAGAUUCUCUUUUGUCUCCAGCCCUCAUUCCCCAACCUGACGCAGGCUCGGCUGAACCUUCCCCUCACGCUCGGUCUGACAUUGGCUCUGGUGGAGGAUUGGAAGGGGAGGGAGAGGAGUUCGAGGGGGAGGAAGAUGGGAGAAGGGGGAGGAGGGAGUAUGGUGAGGGAGAGAGUGGUGGGGAGGAGGAGGAGGAACGGAGGGAGCGAAGGAAGGAUUUAGAAGAAGAGGAGGAAGAGGAAGAGGAGGAGAAAGAUGAGGAAGGUGAGGAGGAGGAGGAGGAGGAGGAUGAGAUUCGGGGUUCAGGCAAGCAUUACGAUUCUGAUCAGCAUUAUGACUCGGACCAGCGUUACGACUCCGACAGACGUAAUGAAUCGGGCAGACGUAACGAAUCGGACAGACGUAACGACGACUCCGAAGGGCGUUACGACUCUGACAGACGUAACGACUCGGAUGAGGAUCGUUACGACUCGGAAGAACGCUACAGGUCAGAUCGACGGUACAAGUCAGAGCAACAAUAUGACUCGGAGAAACCAUAUGACUCGGAGAGACAAUACGAAUCAGAGACACAAGACGAGGCGGAUAGAGACCGGGAGGGAAGACGGGGAGAAGGUGGGAGAAGGCAGCAGGGAGAGGAUGGCACGUCUGGUGGGGAGGAUGAGGAUGAUAGGUAUGAGAGUGAGAGAGGUAGGCAUAAUGGGAGGGAUGAGACGGAUGAGGAGCGGGAUCAGUAUGGGCGAAGGGAAUAUGUCAGGAGAGACGGGGAUGAGGAGGAGGAAGAAGAGGAGGGAGAGGGAAGACGGUAUAGAGAGGAGACGGGAAGUGAGGGGAGUGAGAGAAGGUAUGGCAAGAAAAGUGGGGAGGACGAGGAAAGGGAGGAGGGUGAGGAGGAAGAAGAGGGAGGGAAGGGAGAAGAGGGUGAGGAGGGUGAGGAGAGUGACGAGGAAAGAGAGGAGAGGAGGCGGAGGGAUGGAGAUGUGUCUGAUAGUGAGCUAUCCCCCUCUGCUUCCGCUGUGAGUGAUGCAGUACCUGUUGCUGCUCUGGCUGCCGGUGCUGCUCUCGCUGGGACUGCUGCGGCUGUUGCUGCUGGUGUUGCUGGUGCAGCAGCUGGUUCGGAGGCUGCUGCAAAGGUGGGAACGGAGAGGGACGCGGAUGAAGAGGACGAGGAGGAGGGAGAAGGGAAGCGGGAGGAGGAGGAAGAGGAGGGGGAGCAGGAAGAGGACGAGGAAGAGGAGGAAGGGACUGAGGGCGAGGAGGAAGUCAGGAAAGGGGACGAGCAGGAGAAGGACGGUGGGGAGGAGGCUAGGGAGAGCAGGAGACCCGCUAUGGAACCACUCCCAGAAGGGAAAGCUGUGCUUCUCUCAGGCUCUCUUGCUCCUGGAAUGACAGGAGAGGUGGGUAGAAACGAGGAGGAGGAGGAAGAGGAUAGUGACGAUGAUAGUGAUGAUGAAGAUGCGCCGUUGGCGUUGGCUGCUGAUCCGAUUGCGGCUGAAGCCGUGGCGGAGGGACAGCGGCUCGGAAAGCGCGAGCGGAGGGAGCGGCGGGCGCGGCUGCGGCAGCAGGAGAUGGGGAAAGAGAGUUAUGGUGGAGAGCGGUACGGAGGUCAUGAGAGCGAUUCCUCUGCUAUGGAAUGGCGGACUGAGGAGGAGGAGAGGAGGGCGCGAGGAGGGGCGGCAGCAGGGGUGCUAGUUCUGGGAGGGACGGUGGUGAAACUGACAGGGACCGGAGCAGGGGACGAGCCUUUGACUUCAGAUGCGGGUGCAGGGGGGUUGGGAGCGGUUGGGGGAGGUAGAGGGGGGUUGGGUGCGGCUAUGAGGGAUGGAGUGCCGGUGGUUCCUGUGGUGGACGAAGAGGGAGGGCCAGGGAGGGUGGUGAGUGGGAUGGGUGGUGGCGGGGAGAAGAAAGAUAACCUUGGCUCUGGUUUCCCAGAGUGGGAGGAGUUAGAGUCUCCUGCUGUGGUGAUUGCGCCUGGCCCUGGAAUGUUUGAUAUGGGUGCGGAUGUGGCAGGUGAAGAGGUGGGGAGGAGGAGUGUGGGGAGUAAGGAAAGGAGAAGAGGGGCAGGGGGGAGGAAGGGGAAACCAGUGAGAACAAUGAGUGAUGGACGGGGGAUGGAGAGGGUGAGGGUGGGAGGGGAAGAGGAGGAAGAAGAGGAGGAAGAGGAGGGGGAGGCAGGUGGUGAGGAAAGGAGAGGGGGGGCGGUUGGGGGUAGAGGGAAGGGGGGAUUCAGGAGGAAGGGCACGUGGGAUGGGGCUAGUCCCUUGGGAUCCGGAUCUGGUGCCUGGCAGUUUGAUGCUAAGGGAACAGCAGAGCAGGAGGAGGAGGAGGAAGAGGAGGAGGAAGAGGAGGACGAGCAAGUGGGGAUGGAGUCUAUGCAACCACUGGGAGGGGGGUACAACGAUUUUGAUGCGGUUACGGAUAUCACGGCUGUAACAUGCAUGACCGAUGCUACAGAUGCAGACAGCCAAGUGCCCCUGGCGCAAGCUUAUAAAGAGUACGACGCUGCUACCGAUAUCACAGGUAUUACUGCUAUGACAGAGGCAACAGAUGCUGAAAGUCUGGUGCCUGUGGCUUCUCCUGUCCGCAUGCCUGUGGUUGCUGCUGCUGCUGCUGGCAUUGCUGCUGGUGUUAGUGUGAGGGACGAGGAGGAAGAGGAGGAAGAGGAGGAAGAGGAGGAGGAGGAUGAGGAGGAGGAUGAGGAGGAGGAAGAGGAUGAUGAUGUUCCAGUAGCGGGCGCGAUCCAUUCAGUAUUGGAACGUGGAAACUCUGUGAGCAAAAGCGCUCUUGACAUCAUUCCCGCUGCUAUUCCCACAGAAGAGGAGGAGGAUGAGGAGGAUGAGGAGGAGAGAAGAGAGGGAGAAGGGAGGUACGGUGGGGAGGACGAGGAAGAAGGAGAGGAGGAAAGCUCGUAUGAGAGAAGAAGAAAAGAGAAAUAUGAUGAUGAAGAGGAGGAGCAGGAGGAGCAGGAGGAGGAGGAACAGGAGGAGCAGGAAAGGCAGGAGGAGGAGGGAGAGAGAGGAGGGUAUGGACCUCCUGCGCAUGUGGCCCGGAGGUUUCCUCGUUUUGAGAGCGAGGGGGGCUUGAGUGACCUCAACGCUCCUAUUGCCAUGCCUGCUCGCAGCGUUCCGAGGCGAGAAACGGAGGAGGAGGUUGUGGAGGAGGAGGGAGAUGGGGAAGAGGAGGGAGAAAGGGACGAGGAGAGAGAAAUGGAGGAGAGAGAAAUGGAAGAGGAGAGAGAAAGGGUAGAGGAGAGAGAGGGAGUAGAGGACAGAGAAAUGGAAGAGGAGAGAGAAAGGGAGGAGGAGAGAGAAAGGGAAGAGGAGAGCGAAAGGGAAGAGGAGAGAGAAACGGAAGAGGGGAGACAAUGGGAAGAAGAGGGAGAGGAUCAAGCAGAAAGCGUGGGGGCAGAUGAGGAGGUGGACGAGGACAAGGAGAAGGAAGAGGAGAGAGAGGAGAGAGAGGAGGGAGAGGAGAAGGCAGAGGAGGAGGAAGAGAAAGACGAGGAGGAAAACGAAGAUGAAGGGGAGGAGGAAUGGUCGUCAGACGAAGCAGGAGAGGACAGGGACUCUGUCGCCGAAUCAAUGCAGCUUGGGGGAACAGAAGGGGGAGCAGCACGCAUGGAUUCUUUGGAAAAAAGGUCUUCCAGUGGCAGGAAGUACCAGAGAAGCCUCAGUGAGGCAAGUGAUGCUGAUACACCGCUCGCCAUGCCGGUCACAGUGGGAGGGGCGCGGCAAGGGGCAGGGGAGGAUGGGGCGUCGGAGAUAGGUGAUGGGGAGGAGUCAGAUAUUGGUGUGCCGAUCGCCAUGCCCAUGGGUCCCACGCCGAAAAGACGAGCGGAGGGCGCAAGGCGUGCUGGUGGUGGUGCUGCUGCUGGUGGUGGUGAAGAGGAGGAGGAGGAUGGGGAGGAGGGAGAGGAUGGGGAAGGGAGAGGGGGGCGUGCAAUGGAUGAGGAGAGUGAGCUGGACGCUCCCAUUGCAAUGCCGUUAGCCAUGAGAGGAGCAGGCGGGAGCAGGAGGACCAGCGGCGACAGCAGCGGUGACGGGAGUGGAGGCGUUGGGAUGGGGCAUGGUGGAUGGUCGGGCAGCGGUGUUGCUGAUGCCAUCCGGGCCGGUGUGAUAGAUGAUGAUGGGAUGAGCGUGAUGUCUAGCGAGCUUGGCGCGCCUAUCGCCAUGCCUGUCGACGACAGCUUCGGCAGGACACCCGAGGCUACGGACGAGGCCCGGCGGCGAGCGCCGAACCAAGGGUACGCUCUGCUUUCCCGCCACAUGCCUCCUGUCGCUUCCACCAAUUCCACCCCACGCAAGCCAAAGAACUUUCCGAACCACCAUGGCGUCAGCACCCAGCAGCAGCACAGUCAGCAGCAGUCUUACCCGCAACAGUCUAAGGAGUUUUUGCUUCAGCAGCAGCAGCAGCAACACCUACCCUCCUCCCAUGUUCAAACCCAGUCAUCUCUUGGCAUCUCCCCUUCCUUUGGCCGCCACAGGGCUCCGGCGCAGGUUCGGGCUCUAGCUGCGGAAGGCCUCCGAAGCGGAGGGCCAGGUUCGGCCCAUUCCUCCCCGAGGGGUGCAGGGCCGGGAUCGAGAGCCUCGUCAGCAGCAGGAUCCCCGAGGGAGAGAGGGAGACUGGAGAGCCAACGCUCGUCUUCUUUCAAAGUUCCUGUUCGGACCUCGAGCCUGCACUCCGAAGCAGCAGCGCAGGUUCGGCACAGCCCUGGGAAGGACACGGACACAUCAGCAGACGGCGCACAGGUGGCGCGUGGCUGGUCCUUAUCCAGUCGCCAGGCUGGCAGCCACGCUGGCAGCCAGGCUGGCAGCCGACCAGGGAGCUUAGCUGGCAGUCCUAACAGCAGCGGGCAUCUUGCUUCUGGUGCUUCUGCUGCUGGUGGUGGUGGUAGUGGGAGGGUGGCAGCAGGAGCAAGCAGCCUUGGUCCUGGUAGUGGUGCUUCUACCCCAACAGCUGGUUUCUUAGCUGCUGCUGGUUCGCCUUCUGCUGCUGCAACAUCUGCUUCGGUUACUCCUCAUUCAGUCACACCGCUCUCAGUCACACCCAAUGGUGAGGGUGCUGCUUUUGAUGCUCCCGAGCCUGCAACACCAGUCGCGCAACCUUAUCCCGAACCUCCAACUCCCAUAGCCCAACCCGCCGCGUCUUAUCCCGAGCCUCAAACUCCCAUUGCCCAACCUGCCAACGACUUUCCCGAACCACCCACCCCUGUUGCCCAACCUGCCCAGCCUUACGCCGAACCUCAAACACCCAUCGCCCAACCUGCCGAGCCUUAUGCCGAGGAGCCUCCAACUCCCAUCGCCCAACCCGCUGAGACUUAUGACGAGCCUCCAACACCGAUCGCCAAGCCUGUCUCCCCACCCAAACCUGCUCCUGCUCCCGAACCUGCUCCCGAGCCUGCUCCCAAACCUGCUCCUGCACCCGUUAAAGCUCCUGCUCCUGCUGCUGCUUCUAGUUCGACCGGGAUUUCUGCUUCAGUUGCUGAAUCAACUGUUUCAAGUGCUGCCAGUGACGCAGAGAGUGGGAGAUUGUGGGAAGACGAUGCAGCAGGGGCUAAGCGAUUGGCUGCUGCUGCUGGUGCGGGGAAGAAGAAAAAGAAAAAGUCCAAAUGGUUCAUGUGCUUCGGACCCCCCUCUGCUGUUGACGACUAG